GAUGUCAAAAGAAAGUUUUCUCCCAAAUCUAUUCUAGAUCUAGAUUAUCUUCCUCACUUCAUCCCAUCUCUAUCUUUAUCUUCGGUAAUUUUUUUUUUCUUUCGGAAAUUCUAAUAUUUUGGCAGAAAAUUAGGGGUUAUUCAGAGGAGAUAUGGUCUGCAAUUUUGGAAAUUUUUCAGCAUUGUCGUAGGAUGAAAAUCUGAUGUAAACAAGGAUAUCUUGACAAGGAAUGGAAGAAGAACAUCUAGCGGUGCAAUUGUCCCAGCUGAAGCCGAAGAAAGGGAAGCCGAAUAAUACGUUUCGAUUGAUUUCUGAUAUGUCUACACACAAGAACUUGAGUUGCGAUCCAGAGUAUGAUGAUGAUGAGUAUGCUGACAAUGAGACUGCAGUCUUGGAGGCUCGAGCGUUGCAGAAUGGAGAUGAGUCAGAGGAUGAAGGCAAAGAUAGCGAUGAUGGUAGCUCCAGUUCUGAUGGCAGUAGAUCCACUUCUGAUGAUGAAUCUUCUGAAAGUUCUGAACAUCUUGCGGUUUUAUGAAAUUGAGGAGACUAGGAGAAAUCGAAUUAUGAAAUACUUCGGUGAACAUUUGCGCAUUUUAGAAGAAAACCGUAUGUAAAGUUUAUAGUGCCCAAUUUGGGUAAACCUGCUAAACUUGUGACUAUUCCUAAACAAUAUCGUUUGUUGCUGAACCAAGAACAAUGGGACAACUUCGUAGACUGGAGGCUUUCUGCUGAAUGCAAGGUUGUAUAUUACACGUUUUAGUAUCAUUAUCAACAUUAAUUUCAUUAAUUAGUCUAAAUUUUUUAUGAACGAAAUUCUUUUAAUCCAUGUGUUCAGAAAUUGUCUACUAGGAGGAGAGUUGAGGCGCGUGAGCACCACAAAUAUGACCAUAGGUUGGGAAGAGCAUGAUAUGCAGGGCUGCUGGAAAAAUUAAAAAAUAGAUUCGUGAAGAUGAAAAUCCUUCACGGUCUUUACUGUGGAGGAAGGCACAUCAAAACAAAAAUGGAGAAUAUGAUGAUGAUGGUGUUAGGGAAAAGGCAGCACAACUUGAGGAGUUUGAUAAGCAGCUGGAAGAUGGAACUUUGACGAAAAAGCCAGGCACAGAUUCUGUCACACUUGUGUUUGGGGAAGAACAUGGUGGGCGUGUAAGAUGUGCAGGCAAGGGAGUAACUCCAACAACAUACUGGAACCUUCCACGGAAAGGAGCGUCCAAGGAGCACAUUGAACUGAAGAAACAACUGGAUGAUGAAAGACGUGUGAACCAAAUGGAGAGAGAUAGGAAGGAUAAAGAAAUGAUGGAACUGAAGGAAGCAGUGAAUGCACAAGCAAAAAUGAUGAACAGCUUAAUGUCUCAGUUCAAAUCUCAAGGAGUAUUGAAAAAGAAAAAAUUCAACAGCAAAAAGGCACGGAAACCUCCUAUUAUAGAGAAGUCUCUUAUGCCUGAGGCCCCUGUUAGAAGCAAUUCUCCGAUUGAAAGACAGGAAUCAAAUUCCAAUAGCCACCCCCCUGAAUCUCAACGUGCAUCUCAGUCGGCGACAUCGAAAGACAAAUCUGAACUCCAAAUGACUGGAAAAUUCAAACAGACGUCUCUUGCCUCUAAGCAUCAGUCCCUUAACUCUCAGGACGAAUCUCAAUCUAAAGACCAAACUGAGUUGUCAACGAUUGGUAAAUGCAAGCUGGCUAGUGCGACACUGAGAAACAUCAUUUCAUUGGGUACCAUUCUUCCAUCAACACCAAAUCAAUUAGUACAUGGAGAUCCACUCAAGGAUGAUUGUGUUAAAGUGUCGGUUGAUAAAGCGAUAUUUCCGAAUCAUUCUCUGCCAAUCCAAUCUGCUCAUCUCAAAACAGUAAGGGAUGCUGAAAAAUCUUUUGUAGCUUGGCCCAAAGAGUUUGUGAUCUCUUGCUCUACUAACCAACCACUUUCAGACCCUGAUGAACAUGAUGCCGACCCAAAGACUAACAAGACAAAGAAGAAGAAGAAACCUUCGACGAAGAGUGGGGAACUGAAGUCUCAGAGAUCCAGCAAGAGACUCAAGACUGCAGCCUAAUUAACUAAGAGAAAUAGUUGCGGACUGAAGAGUUCGGAUGUUUAAGAUUUAAAUUUCCCUUUCAAAUUUUGUUAUCUUAAGGUUAUUGCCCAACUGAUCAGAUAUUGAGACGUUUAUCAUAUGAUUAAUAAAAUUUAUUUUUGGUUCAAUUU